AGGCACUCUUCAGUCAGCUAACAAUGUUUUUGUUGUUAGCCGCUCUUCUUCCUGUUUCUACACUUGCCUUCGGAUUUGGUAUGGGCUGUGGUUGUCCUCCUCCACCACCACCACCUAUCUGUUUACCUCCCAUUCAACUACCUUCUCUUUGCCCUCCUCCACCUCCACCAUGCCCUUGUCCACCUCCAGUGAUGUGUUCGCCUUGUGGAUGCGGACGCAAAAAGCGACAAGCAUUGUCGCCACCAGCAGUGGCCAUUCCGAGUGACAUUAGCAGCUGUAAUAACGAAGAUCUGCGAAGAAUUAUUCUCAAGAGCAUUGAAAGCAACCAUACUGAAGUAAAACUCCAUGCUGAGGUGAGAAACAAACUAGGAGGAGAGUGGGUGGUUGCGUGCUCCUCCAAGCCAGUCACAUUCGUUAGUCAAAGCCGACAGUACUGUAUGGAUGGACAAGAUAAGACGUGGUGCUAUGCAUUCCAGAUCAACUAG